UCAUAAAUGGCCCUUUUGUAGUAUAUAUACACUGGCCUUUUCCCCUUAUUUCCAUUUUUCAUCUCUCUCCCUUAGUCACCCCUGAAAACAGCAAAAUCUGCGCUUUCUCUUCUCUUCUCACCCCGCACUCUUCUGUGGAAGCAAAAACCAAAUUUCAUAGAGCAAUGACCUGAUUAAACUUUACUAAAAAAUGUAAUUCAACUAUAUCUUCGAAUUGGGUCUGAGAAAAUUGUGCUUUUGAUUGACAAAUGAAGUAAGAAAUCAGAAAUCCUAGGGAGAUUUUGUUAAAAAAAAAUUUAACUUGUUCAAGAUAAUGGCAACGAAGGCUGGGAGGAUAGUUAGAUCAUUGGUGUCAUCUCCGUUGGUUUCUGGGUAUGGGUCUAAUAAGUACGGCGGUGAAGGGUUGCUGGCGGCAAGGGGAUUGGGAUCCUCUGUUUCGUUAUUCUCUUCAUCGGCGGCCGCAGCUGUGGAACCAGAGGAAACCCAUUUGAAUUCGACGACAACACCAGUGGAGACGAGGCUUUUUGGGAUGCUGAAAGAUUAUGAAGAAUAUAGGAGGGCGCUUUAUGGUGGCCUUACUCAUAAAGCCCUCUUCGUUGAUGCUGUGGGGACUCUUGUUGUCCCUUCUCAGCCCAUGGCUCAGAUAUACCGGCAGAUUGGUGAGAAAUAUGGGGUAAAUGUUUCAGAGACUGAGAUAUUGAAUAGAUACCGAAGGGCAUAUGAGCAGCCCUGGGGUAGGUCUCGUCUGAGAUACGUUGAUGAUGGGAGACCAUUUUGGCAAUUCAUAGUCAGUGCUUCAACUGGAUGUUCAGAUCCUCAGUACUUUGAAGAGCUGUAUAACUAUUAUAUGACUGAGAAGGCAUGGCAUCUUUGUGAUCCCAAUGCUGAAAAAGUAUUCCAAGCACUCAAAAAUGCAGGUGUCAAGAUAGCUAUUGUAUCAAACUUUGAUACAAGGCUAAGACCUUUGUUAAAGGCUUUAAAUUGCGAUCACUGGUUUGAUGCUGUGGCAGUAUCAGCUGAAGUUGAAGCAGAGAAACCUAAUCCAAUGAUUUUUCUGAAAGCUUGUGACUUGCUAGGAGUAAAUCCGGAGGAUGUUGUUCAUGUUGGAGAUGAUCGAAGGAACGAUAUUUGGGGUGCCAGAGAUGCAGGUUGUGAUGCCUGGCUCUGGGGAAGUGACGUCCAGUCCUUCAAAGAGGUAUGCAUUUCUGUGUCAUUUUUUCUUCAGCUGCAUAUCUAUCUAUCUGAAUGGCUUCAUUUGGCAGUUAGUUUGAUCCUUUUCUGAGUCUAGGUAUAUGCGAGUAUGGGAAAGUUUCAUAACAGUCAUAUGUGAUCAUCAGCUCUUAAGGUUCCUCUUUGCUUGUUUGUGUUCUUUGGGUGAGGUUCACUUCCUGGCCAGGAAAUCAUAGGAAAUUCCAUAUGGAGCUUAGAUUCACCUUAUGUCCAUACUAAACAAAAAAAAAGAAAAAGAAAAAAGGGAAAAAGUCUCGUAUGAACGCUUUCAGUUGCAAUUGGAUUAACUUCUUUACAAUGUUCUGGAGUCCGUUACAGAUAACUUCCAUUACACUUAUCUUUUCUUUAACUUGAGAUGCCUGAUUUCAAUCAGCCAUGAGCUAUUGACAGGCUACAAAACUAUGUUUCUGCAGAUAUCUGCUUUUCGCGUUCUCCUGAAAUAAAUUAUUGCUGAUUUUCAGACUUAAAAACCACUGUAGUUUUUGUCGGUUUCCAGUCGUCUGCAUUGGCGAAAUACUAGUGUUGCUGAUCAAUUGAUGAAAAGUCUAUCGUGUGUUUAGUUUGUAUAGUAAUUGUCCAGAUCUGCUUGAAUGACUAUGUUGCAUUUGUCUCUUUGUGUCUCUUGCUUUCCGGGGAAGAUGAAUGGCUUGACGAUAUGAAAUUGUGUUGCUUGAUGCAGGUUGCUGAGAGAAUUGGCGUUCGGGUUUAAACAAAGCUGGUUCCCUUGCCGUCAGAGUCUCUGCUAAUCCUCAGCUUCCUUUGUCCCUUUUUUUCCCUCACUUGUAUAUAUUCCCCUUUGUCAAUGUGGGUAAUUUUAGAGAUCCAGGGAGACUUGCAGUAUGUUGCAAUAUAGAAAAAUAAUAGAUCACAGAACGGACCAUAUUGUAGGACUUCGGAAGUUCAGUUCUUUCUUAUCUUCCGGUUUUUGUUUUUUUUUUUUUUUUGCUCUUUUUGCAAUGCCUACUCUAGGAAAAAGUGUUGGCAAAAUUUGGCAAGUGUCUCAGAAAUUCCAUUGGAUUUUCCAUUUAAACUCCUCCAAACCAACUCUAUGACAGUCAAUCCACAUAACAAAGAUAUUAAUCGCAGGUCCAUAAACAUAAUGGCUGGAGAUUUAGGAAACUUGAACAUCAUGAAAUGGUCAUAUCUUCCAAAUCAAAUGCCUCAUGCUCCCAACAACUCGAAUUAAUUAAUAAGCCUUCAAAGUUUGGGAACUUUCCAGUGGAAGAGCAAAGCAGCUUUCCAUCUCUACUCUGCUUAGCUUUGAAAUGCCAAGGUCCUUCAAUUGCUUUAGCUCUCCUAUGUCUUUGAUCCAAGUUCCAUUUGCCCAUUCUAGGGAAAAUAAGUUUUGCAAUGAUUCUUUGGACCUUGAAAUCCCGGCGCGAUUGAUCUUUGAACUCCUGGUUGCCUAAAAAUUUGUCCAGAUGAACAAAUCCUUUUCACCUUAAGAAUUUCCUCAAGCACUUUGUGAAAGAUCAGUAUAUGCAAGUAUUCAAGUUUUUUUUAGAGAACUGAUGGGCUUGGGAAUCACAUUAAUUUACCCUUUUGUGUUUGUUUAAGAUUUAAAGUUUGGAAAUGAAAUAAAUUACUAAACUGAAAACUUCAUUUGGAUUUUCCUCUAUGGCCUAAUAUUAAAAUUCGAUUAUUUUGAGAUAAGGAGACUUUUUAAAAAUCAAUUUGAUACAAGUAUGGAAAUUAUCAAAAAACACUACCGAAUUCUUUCCAAUCUCUAAUGGUGAUAAAACCGUAAAAACCCGUUCAGAAAACCUCUCCUAAUGGUAAACAAAAUCAGAAAACUUUUUUUUUUUCCAAGAAAAAUGCCACAAACAAACACGGAGUACUACAGUUACAGCAUUAACCCCUCGCGAUUAUAAUUCUUCAAUAAUCCAUCAAAUUUUAUAUAGUUGCAAAAUUAUUACGAAACCAAAAAAAAAAAAAAAUUAUUACGAAACAGUUGACAAAUAUUACUUGGCCAAAACUAUUUUAAAAAUUAAAAUCUUAAAAUUAGACCUAUGAAAUUCAUCUCAUCUAAAAAGUUAAUAUAGAAUUGAUAAGUAGACGUGGUCCUCCAUUUAUUUAUUUUUUCAAUAAUUUAUAUUUUAAUUUAGAAAAUAAACCUCAACCAAUUAUAAAUUUUUGUUUUAUAAAUUUUAAAUCGAAUUAUUCGUUCAAAAAAGAAUGAGUUCGAUAUGAAGUCACCAAAUCCAAAUCAGAAGGAAUAUACAACAAGAGGGAGAUAUGAACAGUGGAGGGAAAAAGGGGCAAAGCUGAAAGUUACUGGGAUGAUUUGGAACAGAACCUGUGUUAUUGGUUGGUUGGCUGUACAGAAUAGGCUGAUGACCAUUGAAAGGAUGGAGAGACUUGGGAUUUGGGUUGAGCAGGACAAUGUAUACUUCAAGGAUUAUACAGAAUUGAUGCUGCCAUCUGCAUCAGAUCAGACAUUUGUACAUGAUUCAGGAGAUUAGAUCAAUUAGAGGUCCAAUUGACAAUACCUGUAAAUAUAGGGGUAGAAUUGUAUAGCUUGACCAAGUAGUUGACCUGCUGUAUGUUAAUUAUGUCGGCUGUUAUUAGUUUAUUUUUAGUUAGACCUUCAUGUAUAUAUACUUGUACUUUACGCCUGAAUUGACUGAUGAAAU